GAAGACGAUAUUAUUUACGGAAGACAUGAAAAGAGCCGCGGAAGAAGUACGUCUUACACCUAGCGAUGAAUACAUAUGUUUAUUUACUCCGGAUGAAGAAAUACGCGCAAAGAACGAGAGAACGAGAAGAUGAGUUGUAGCAGUGCUUUUGUUCCGAGGUCGCGGGCAUCGACGGCCACGAUCAAGUCUUGGUACAACGCGAUGGCCUUGCGUCUGCAGCGACGCGCGAGAGCGAGGGUGCCCACAACGAGAACUGGGAGUAGUGUGGGUGCACUGUCCUCCACGAGUUCCGCCACCGCACCUGGAGGCCUCAGCGACCACGGCACAGGCCACAACACCGGCAAUCCGAGUCUCGAGGUUGUCUUCAAUGCGACAAGAAGGAGUACUUCCUCUAGUUCUGUACUGUUUGGAGCUUCCUCGACUGGUGCGCUUGCUGGGUCGCUCUUGGACAAGACACAGUAUGGUGGUAGCACCAGCAGCACCACGCCGUUUAGAGAAAGUUUUUCGCAGUCAUUCAUGGCGGGUGAGCACUUAGACGCAAAGAUGCUGGAGAGUUGUCGGCGAGUUCCUCCUGGUGUCAAUGGAAGCAAGGUUUCUUCUAGUACUGUGCGAUCAGGAUUGCCAUAUCAUCAAGUAUCACAAACGCGACAAAGCUUGGUAGUCGGGCUGCAUUCUACUGGAGGAGAUUCUAACUGUUAUCGCGCCGCUGCGGCAGCAAUGUCAAAUAGUAGCCCGCUGAGCAAGGAAGAGGGCCAUGACACUGGCUGGAGACGAGGUGGCGUAGUGGCUCAAAACCUCACAAGAAACAACUUCGGUUCAGAAAAUCAAAAUUACAUACAUGCACCUGGGAAUAUUGUCGCUGCAGCUGUGGUUUUAAAUGCGGUUCAGGCUUCACCUGCCCGGACCAAAGUUACAAGUGUAGCUGUAUCAAGUCUAGCGCGUGCAACUGCAGCAAAGGGAAGUGCUACCGGCUCUGUCUCAAAUGCAAAAGCCAAAAGUUCGACGGGUUCGGUAUUAGCGACGAACUCUCCCGGUUCGAACCCACCUGGCGUAGUACCGACUUCAUCGUCGAGUUCGGCAGCGGCAGCAAAAAGUCGUGAAUUCGGCGAAGCCGUGGCGGCGAAUGUUGCAGCAUCUGCAGCUAAAGGUGUCGCGCCGGCCGCGAAGAUCAACCGAGCUUACGUGCACGCAUUGUAUCAGCAGUAUGGAUCUACUGAUCCACGGUCGAUCCCGCACGCGCAGCAGCUUUGCGAGCAAAUGUGGACACUUUCGGAGCGCCACCCCGAGUUGAUCUCUAAGUUUGUGUUGGAUCAUGUGGUGCCACCACCGAAUUGUGCGAUUGCUCAAGAGGUAAGCCUCUUGUGGAAGCACUCGGAUCGGUGGCUGCGCAUGCUAGGUCGAGAGGAGCAGGCGCGCGAGGUCCCGAAGAUGCUUCAGGCACUGAGUAGUUGUUUCCGGUUGCCACAUUUGCUGCCGCUCUUGUCACGAGGGCUAGGAGGUGGGAACGCGGAUCUCGAGAGCGUGCUUGGAGAUACGCGAGGGGACGACGACGACGCCGACGUGAUACCGCAGACGUGGAGCAAGAAAACGGAAGUGCCCUCAUCGCUCACCGGCAAAGUCUGCACACGGGCCCCUGUCGCGACAAAGUUGCGCGAAAGGCGUUGCGGCGACGUGCGCGUUCUUUUUCCAGCGCUCGCUGGCUGGAAAGAGGAAACGAACGAGGCCGCAGUAGCACGGCGUCUAUUGCAGAGGACUGAGUUAUGGUUACAAGAUGCGAAAUUUUAUGAGGCUUUUUUCUAGGCAUAGAUAUGCAAUGACAAGUUUAAUAAGCAACUGCUGAGCUUUCGAAUCACAUAGUCUCCGACAUAGGUCUCGUCCUUCUAACAAGCAUGAGAAGAUAAUGAAGAUUUAACACGAUAGCGUCGAAACCAUCGGACCGCCUCUAAUUUACGGAAAUGGUUACCCAGCUAUUGGACGCGAACACGUAGAGCUUGUCGAGCGAAUCACUCAGGAAUCCCGCCGCUCACUCUUCGUAUCCAACCUUCCGUUUGAAUGCACCGACGAAAACGUGUAUCGAGCCUACCAAGCUUUUGGAGGUAUCGAGCAUGUGGAGAUAUUCAGCGAAAGGCAUAAAAACGUUCGAGCAAAAGCAGCAUUACAAGACCAGGAGAGUGCCCUCGAUGCAGGCCAAGAGCGAAUAAAUUCCAACAGGUUUAGUAGCGCAUAUGCCAUCGUCACUUUUUCUGAUGAAAAUGGUGUGGCAAAUGCGUCGCGAGAUUUUUUUCGUGUUUUUGGAGUACUGGUCACGCGGCAGUAUCGGACCGGCAAGGGCGGACAAAGCGUCAAGGUAAUUCGUUCUUCUAGAAUAAUGACAUUUGUAUGCUUGUGCUAAACCAUGUGCCUGACGGGUGAAAAAGCAAGUAGACGGAACCACAUCGAUCGCGAAGUGACUCUUGAGAAAUAGUCGUUCUAGAAGUAGUUGAUUAUCCUUCAGGUUGCAUACAGUAAUUAAUCAACUAGCUUGUAGCUUUCGAAGACCCUCCAUCGGAAUCAGGAAGAGUAUCGAGCGACCUAUCCCGAGCGAGCGGAACACAAGAACACCCUACUGAUUACCGGUUUGCCAUGGCAGUUUCCUUUGGGUGCACUUCUGCGAGACAUUGGUCGCCAACUGAGUUUAGCUGCGAAGUCCGAUGUGUGUCUGCGUCUAUCGAAUCCAGGCAUAUACGACUUUCCAAGCACGAACACCCUUGGAAUUACCACGACGAAACCCAUUGAGCGGUUAUCAGUAUAUAUAAUUCAAGUUCUUUUCUGAACGAUGCUUGGAAAAGAGAGCAGAAGUCGUCUUGAAGAUAUCCAUUUUUAUCGUAUCCAUUAUCUCUUUUUUCCACUCAUUCGCAGACGAUUAUCAAUUAUGUAGACUUAGAUACUCUGUUCUCACCGACCUGGUGCUUCAAAUUCAUUAGUUACUUUCACCAAUCAGUGACGAUGAUCAAAUUUAACUACCAGGUUACCGUAUCCUCAGGAGGGGAGUAUACUGAGGUGGCGCAGAGCCCCGAAUUCGAGGAGAGACAACAUAUAGACACCUAUGAGGACGAUACGGAUGAAGAUUUAGAAGAGGAUGAAACUUGCGUUUCGGAUGUCGGGAUGGACAUUCAUGAAAUCCUCGGGAACAAGCGCUACAUGAGUACUUACACCAAUUUCUUAAUUCUGUUCAUUACGUUCUUCUAAUCACUAAAUUUAUUCUGAGAAGAAAAUAGAUGACUGAACAACUGUUUCUGUUGUAGUAAAAACGCAUUAGAGUAGAGUACUAGAUUCAGUGCGGCCUGAUUUAUAAUGUCAGGUGAGCACCAUAACGACGGCGUUUUGGCGUUACGCUUUGCGAACUUCGCACAAGCGAGAUUUGCAAAAAGCUUGCUCGAAGACUUCACCAUAGCAGACAGGGCAAUAUCGAUUGACUUCUCGCCGAGGCGGCGUGCUUUUAUCCAAUUCGAUGCGACCGGUAAAGCGUUCGUGGACCCACAAGCAAAAGCGCCAAUUUAUGACUAGUUACAGUGUAAAUGUAGUAAGUAAUAUCAUAUUUUCGUGGUUGCAGUUGCUGUUCCCUGGAUUUGUCGAGUGCUAGGUAGGUCUUCUCUAGCAACGACCUAAUAUCUGACUUGACGACUUGUUUUAUUAAGACCAUGGGAUGCGGUGUGGAUCAGGGUACUUACCUCUAGAUGUAGUCUUCGCUCAUUUCAAGCACUGUUCUCUCCGCUUCAAAGCUUAUUAAGACCGUGCUCCCUGAGAAGAGUAUUAGUUUCUAAUGUUUGCGUGGACGUUAUGUGGAUUUUAUGACGCCCGAGGCGAGUGCGGUGUAUCCUGAUGAGCGCGACAAUCCCUUUCACGCUUUUGGAAGCUUGCGCUAGUAAGUACUACUUUCUUUGUUCCGCAUCCGUUAGGUGGUUGAAUACUGCCCAAAGGCUUAAUGUUCGCCUUUGAACUGUAGCGGGAAAAUGUAGACCCAGGCAAAAAAAAACGUGGGCCGACUCACCUUAGAAACGUUCGAUCUCAGUAGUGGCGCCGCCCUUUGUGCCAAGUGUCCACAGCUUGCAGCUUCAGGCCCUAAUUAGUCAGUGGCCACGUCAAAGCUCUAGCUGUGUCCGUGUUUUAUCCGCAAGGGCUCAGCUUUUGUCUGUCGGGGGACCUCAGACAUGGCCCAUCAUUGUUCUAAUUAUGAGCCGUCGUCUAAUAAGCCCGUGGGGCUCGGGCUCUAGCUUUUCUACAGCGGUUGCUGUCGUGCUUAAUCGUUUGCGUAGUCGUUGCGCCUGGCCGUUGUGCUUCAGGCUUCCCCCGGGAUAAUUGAGUGGAAGUAUAGCGGGAAACUGUAGACCCAGGCCCCCCCCCAAAAAAGUUGUGCUUCAGGAUUCUCGCAGGGUAAUUGAAUGUUCGUAUCGCGAGGAAUUUAGACCCAGGUCCCAAAAAAAAGGCCUGGGUAGAGCACAUGAAUGAAUGAACUGCCUGCUAGAGCACAUCAGCCACGACAAGGAAUUAUCAGACUCACUUACUAAGACUUACUACAGCUUCUACCUGAGACUACUAGUCUCAUUCUCAAGCCACUUAUUUGCAAGAAAUUUUACGACAAACCGAAUGACCAUUCCUCAAUCCGACAAUAUAGAAGUAGCGACAUCAAUCUUACUUCUUCUUACCCUUAUGACUAGCUUUAAGAUGACCACAUUGGACAAGCAUUAGCAGCUUGGUACUGUGCCUUCCUGUUCUCUUUGACGCUAACCGUUUCCAUGAAAAAAUGAAUCCGAUACAAAAUAAUAUCUCGUUCCUUAUUUACACUUCCAUCUGGCUCGACGAAUGCUUGGCAUUGUUAUGCCGAGACGAUUCGUCUCAACAACGGUGACUUGGUUCACCCACGCAAAUGCGCACUCACUCUGAAGAUUCGGCACGACGACUAAUACAGUUUGCGUCUUGCUUCUAGAUGCUGUUUUUGCUCGAGAAUUAUAAUGAAAGCGCUUAGAAGAAGAACAAGGCAGCGAUGUAAAUGAUGCAGCCGCGAAGACCACCACUAUCUAGAAAUGGAUUCCGCGUCAUCUAAAAUUUCCGUAAGAAAUAGGGAUCGCUCGCGUCCAGGGAAGAUGCCUAUGUUCCAACGAACACCGUGC